GCAGAGAAGCGUGGCUCCGGUCGGGGCAUGGAGAGGCCCUGCCGUGGGUCCUGCAGGCAGCAGGACUGACUUUGGGAUGUCCUGACCCCGACGGCGUGAGGGGAAAGGCAGUAGCGAUGGUUAGAGAUGCUCUGCGAGCCCAAGGUCUCGCUCUUCACGGCAGGGAGCGAAUCCUCGCAGCGCCCUCGACGCCGUCGCACCGGGAGCCUCGUGCCAACCUGAGCCCAGGAGAGCAGACGGAGUUUAACCAAACCCCCUGCGGGUACCACCGUGCCUGUCCCGAGGGAAUCGCUCCCCAUCUCUGCGACCAGGUUCCUGCCAAGGCCACCGAAACCCUCAGCCGGGCUCACCGGUGGGAGCGAUCCGGCACGGCCGCCUCGCCGGGAGAUGCUCCCGCAGCCUUCUCCUCCUGCUCUCCCCUCCCAGCCGGCCCCGUGUACGGAAGAUUCAGGACGCCGCAUCUCCCCGCACCCCGGGGUCUUGUCCCCGCCGCGUGUCGCCUCUCUGGGCUCCGUCAGCUGCGGCUGCAUCGGUGUGGCCACGGCCGGGAACCACGGCCCUGGAGGAACCCGGUGCCUGAGCCCCUGGUGCCAGGACCGGGAGGUCCGAGACGUGUGCGUUGGCGUCACCGCAUCCGAAGUUUUCCCGAGCCGGGAAGGACGUCGCUGGCUCACCGCGACCCGGAGAGACACCGGAGAGACGCACCGGUGCCGGUUAAGGGCUGGAGGAAUUCACCUCCUUGGACCCAAACCGACCCCUUCCAACCCCGAGCAUCCCCGCGCGGCGCCGCGGUACCCAACCCCGAGGGGGCUCAGGCGGACGCCGCGAUGCCCGGCACCGAGCCACGGCGGCGGGACGGUGAUGGGGUGGUGGUGGGGAACGGAUUUGAGCCUGAAAGAGGUUAAAGUGGGGCAAAGAGGGGGGGAAGAGAAACCUCCCGAACAGGGCGUUUUAAUGACAUUCCAUUAAAGCUCCCUUUGGGGCCUGCGCGGCCGCCAUGUGCUCCACAUUCUCAUGGUAAUUAUGAGACAUCUGUAUAGAGGCUCUUUUCUCAUCAAAGAUGGCUCUCUUCAAAGACACUCCUGGGAAACCCUUCACCUCUGACCUGGGGGGGUCACUGCCGAAACAGUGGCUCUAUAGUGCGCGUUACUGUAAAGCCCAGUAGCCUUUUUCCUCCCCUAACCUGACCAGGUCCCGGCUUUUCAAGCGGGA